AGGCUCACAUGCAUCACUUUUGUGUUCCCACUAGAUUCUGGGCCACGAACUGGAAUUAUUUUGCCCUUCCAUAAAUGCAUUGCCCAUUGGAGUGAGAUCUGUGCUUUUGCCCUUUUCAUUGACAGAGGAAUUCUGUUCCUGUCUCCUCCUCUCUCUCUCUCUCUCUCUCUCUCUUCUUGCGGGCUUGUUCCAUCCCCAUCUCUUCGUUGUGCUGGUCUCUGGAUAUGUGGAUUUGUUUGGUACUUGUGAGAACAUAUAAAAGGAGGGCUUGGACAUGUGUGUGACUCCACCAACCUUCUUAAGGACACUCAGUGAGUGGUGCUUCUUCUUUUCUACCCUGUUCUUCUUUGGUUCAUUUCUAGUGUUCCCAAACACCAUCCUUCUCUGUUUUCUGCUAUCGCAGUCAUGGUAUUCUUUCUACACACCAAAAAGCUUAGCAUAUUCUGAUCCUUCUCGAAUUUGCCUUAUUUUUUUGUUGUUGUUGGGAGUCACAAUUAUUUUCUUGUGAAAAAUCACCACACAUUUAUUUGUAUUUGGAAGUAAAGGCUAACACAGGGGUAAUCACUGCUUUUUUCUCUGUGGAAAUUUCUCUAUCUAAAGUUGCAAGAUAACUUGUUGUUUGUUGAAUUCGAUAUGUAAAGUGGCUUCGAGUUUUCAUGUCCUAUCUCCAACCCUUAAAACGCAACCAGCUACAGUGCAAGAAUUGUUUCGAGCUCAUUUCUCCUCCCCUCAAUGGUGAUCUCUCUUUUCUGCGCCAGAGUCAAUGUCCUUCUUCUGCUUCUAGCUCUCUGUUCUCCAUGCAAGUUCAUCCAGAGUCCCAUGGACUUUGGUCCCUUGAGCUUCCUCCAGAAAACAAGCACAGCUUGUGUGGACUUCGGAAGAAUUCUCUUCAACUCCCCCUCGGCAGUCCUUCGACCCCAGUCCUCUGAAGACAUCUCUCUCCUCCUCAGCUUCCUCUCUUCCUCAUCCUUCAGCAGAGUCACAGUUGCGGCAAGAGGAGCUGGGCACUCCAUCCAUGGCCAAGCCCAAGCACUCGAUGGCAUAGUCAUCGAGAUGGAUGCUCUCCCCUCCAAUAUAGAAAUCCACAAGAAAGGAGAAGGGGUGGUCGGUGUCUCGUAUGCUGAUGUUAGUGGCGGAGCACUGUGGAUCGAGCUGCUACAUGAGAGCUUGAAGCAUGGGCUGGCUCCAAGGUCCUGGACUGAUUACCUCUAUCUCAGCGUUGGUGGCACUCUCUCCAUUGGUGGCAUCAGUGGCCAAACAUUCAAACACGGGCCUCAGAUCAGCAAUGUCCUUCAACUGGAUGUGGUGACAGGUAAAGGAAAGCUGGUGACAUGCACUCCCACCAAGAGUCCAGAGCUUUUCUUUGCAGUUCUUGGUGGGUUAGGCCAAUUUGGCAUCAUAACGAGAGCAAGAAUCCUGCUCCAAGAUGCUCCAGAGAAGGUCAAGUGGGUCAGAGCCUUUUAUGAUGAUUUCGACACCUUUACCAGUGACCAGGAGCUGCUCAUCUCGAUGCCUGAGUUGGUGGACUAUGUCGAAGGCUUCGUAGUCCUAAAUGAGCAAUUCCUCCACGGCUCCUCCACUGCCUUCCCCACUCAUCUAGACUUCACCCCUGAGUUCCACAGCAAUGGCAGCUCCAACGUCUACUACUGCAUUGAGUUUGCUGUCCAUGACGACGGAUCGAAGAACGCCAGCACAGAAGAGGUCGUGGAGGAGAUUGCGAGGCGGAUGAGUCACCUGCCAUCCCACUUGUACGGUGCGGAGGUCUCCUACUACGACUUCCUCAACAGGGUUAGGAUGGAGGAGAUGAGCCUGAGGAGUGUUGGCCUGUGGGAAGUCCCCCACCCUUGGCUCAACAUGUUCGUGCCCAAGUCUGGGAUCAAAGCUUUCAGGGACUUGCUGUUGGAGACCAUCUCACCAGAUGAGUUCGCGGGCCCUAUCCUCCUUUACCCACUUCUAAGAGACAAGUGGGACACAAACACAUCGGUGGUGCUGCCGGACGCCGCCGGGGGAGCGGCGGAGGACGAGCGGGUGCUGUACAUCGUGGGCGUGCUCCGGUCAGCGAACCCAGCCAGCUGCACCGCCGAGUGCCUCCGCGACCUCCUCCGUCUCAACCGCGGCAUCGCCGACGCCGCCUCUGCCCCCGGCAUCGGCGCCAAGCAGUACAUACCGCACCACCCCUCGCCGAGCCACUGGCGGGAGCACUUCGGCCGGCGCUGGGAGCGGCUGGCGGCGCGCAAGGCCCGCUUCGACCCGCUCGGCAUCCUCGCCCCCGGCCACGGCAUAUUCCCCAGGAUAUCCUCCGCCUCCUCCUCCUCCUCCUCCUCCUCCUCCCUGUAGCACCAUCGCAUAUGUUCUUCCACCCUCACACAGCAAGUUCAGUGCACGUGACAAGAUUACUGGAGAGGAAAAGAAGAAGCAUGGAACCUGUUCCCCAUUCCUCGAUCUUCCUUUUUCCUUCUUUUUGUUCUUUGAUCUGAUAUGCAAGGAUUUUGGAAGAGGAUACCUUCGCACCCAUUAAAAUUUUGGUUGGUUUACUUUACUGCAA